CUCCGCUAGGACUUCAUGGUACUCAGGGAAAAACCUGAGGAGCGCAAGAGCCGGUCAGUGCUGUCAGUGUGCUGGUAAAAUGAGCCAUAUCGAGACGCGACUCCCUCUCAAACAUUUAACAAGACGACAUCUUCAACGCGUCUAAUCUUGUAUUGCGAGUAACCACCGCUGGAGAUUUCUAACCGUUUACUAGGCUACCUAACGUUGAUCGAUUGUUCCUUCUGUGCGUUGUGGCUGAUUCUCUGUUGCGCUGGAUCUGUCGUGUCAGAAGAUGUGUGUGGAGAGCGAUGGAUGCGAGAUAGAGGGCUGCAGCAGUUCUGAUGAGGUGCACACUCUCUCGGGCAGCAUGAGUCCUGGACUGAAAUCCAACCCGGACCUCCAUCCCUGCAAGCCCGGGCAGAAAUUCCGAGCCGCGCUGCUUAGAUGCCGGUCCCCGGCGGCUGCGGCUGGGAUUCUCAGUUUUGGGAAUGUGCUCAAUUACAUGGACAGAUACACUGUGGCAGUGGUUUUUUCCAUCUGCUUGGUACUGGGAGUGGCUCGGCUCUCAGAGUUGGUCUAAGAGGGUUUUGCUCGACAUCCAGAGACACUUCAAUGUAUCGGACAGUGGAGUGGGCUUGUUGCAAACAGUUUUCAUCUGCAGUUUCAUGGUGGCAGCGCCCAUCUUCGGUUACCUGGGCGACCGUUUCAACAGGAAGAUCAUCCUAAGCUGUGGCAUCUUCUUCUGGUCCGCCGUCACCCUCUCCAGCUCCUUCAUCACCAAAGAGUAUUACUGGCUGUUCGUCCUGUCCCGAGGCUUGGUGGGGAUAGGUGAAUCCAGCUACUCCUCCAUCUCUCCGACAAUCAUCGGAGACCUCUUCACUAAUAAUAGCCGAACCAUGAUGCUCUCUGUCUUCUACCUGGCUAUCCCCCUGGGAAGCGGGCUAGGCUACAUCCUGGGCUCCAGUGCAAAGGAGGCUGCAGGAGACUGGCACUGGGCAUUGAGGGUAUCUCCAGUGCUGGGGAUGACAGCAGGGACCCUUAUCCUGUUCUUCGUGCCUGAGCCAAAGAGAGGGCAUGCUGACCAGCUAGGAGGGCGCAUCAAACAUCGCACCUCCUGGCUCUGUGACAUGAAGGCCCUGGCCAAGAACCGUAGCUAUGUGUUCUCCUCCCUGGCGUCUGCUGCGGUGUCGUUUGCCACGGGGGCAUUUGGCAUGUGGAUCCCUCUCUACCUGUUCAGGGCUCAGGUGGUACAGAAGACAGCAGAGGCCUGCACUAAAGACAUCUGCAGCAGCAAGGACAGUCUGAUCUUUGGUGCGAUCACGUGUGUUACGGGGCUGCUGGGGGUGGUGAUCGGGGCGGCCACCACCCGCCUAUGUCGUCAGAAGACUGAGCGGGCGGACCCCCUGGUGUGUGCCGUCAGCAUGCUGGGCUCAGCCAUCUUUGUCUGCCUCAUCUUCGUCGUGGCCAAGAAGAGCAUCAUAGGAGCUUAUGUCUGUAUCUUCAUAGGGGAAACGCUGCUCUUUCUGAACUGGGCCAUCACGGCAGACAUUUUAAUGUAUGUUGUCAUUCCGACUCGGAGGGCCACAGCGGUUGCCUUCCAGGGCUUCACUUCCCAUCUCCUGGGGGAUGCUGGAAGCCCAUACCUCAUAGGCCUGGAAAAACUGAACAUUUGCUAUCUGAGAGUCUCCUCAUUGAAAACAUCUGAAGUUCUUCAAAGAUAUCGGACGCCCUCCAGAAGAGCUACACUAGGUCAGUGCUAUGGCAGUUCCUCAGUUUGGGUUAUGCCCUCAUGCUCUGUCCCUUCGUCAUCGUCCUGGGUGGCAUGUUCUUCUUGGCAACCGCCCUCUUCUUCCUCGACGACAGGGACAAAGCAGAGAAACAAUUGGCAACAAUGACGCGACCACCCUCCUCAGUAAAGGUCUCCUGAGGAGGGGCCGUCCUUGGGAGGAAGCAGAGGCUCUGCAUGCUGCGCUGAACGAGGGAGGAUGAAAGAGAGCGAGAGAGAGGGGCAGCUGAUCCACGUCUUUAUACCCAAGCCAUCCACCUUUAACUUCUUCAUCCUCUUCAUCACCACCCUCAUCAUCACUUUUCUUAUUCAACAUGUUGUGUGGAGGCUGUUACUGUUUAUAACUGGAAAGAGGGAGCGCUUUGUUUAACCCUAUAGAAGCCUCAGUCACACCACUCCAUGGACUGGCCAAUCACACAAAGCAGUGGGCUGAAGCCAGCCAAUCGGCUCGGCAGCUGAUGGCCUCUGACCUUUUCGGGUUGUCUACUAAGAGCGAGUCACAGAACCACCUGGCCCCUCCCCCAGUGCGAUACUACUGAAUGCUGAACAUGGACCUGCCCUAUCUGUCUGUCUGUCCAUCUGUCUGUAUGUCUGUCACAUGACCUGUCAAUCUGCACCAAGAGCAAUAUCAUGACAUUCCACCACACAGAGGUUCUUUAUUGACUGCCGUCACUAUAACAACCACCACAACCAUCAAAACCAGGAAGUCACUUAAAGGCCAAAAAAUGUAUAAAUAGUGAACAAAGUCAGUGACCCCAUUUCUCUCUCUCCAUCCACCAUGACAGUCAGGUCUGAUGAUCCAUCCAGCCAGCCUUAAGACUUUGAGCUUAUACAUUAAUGACACACAGUGCAGGCAGGUUUCUUAUUUUCUUUUCAUCCCCCCUUCCAUGUUAUAUUUUGUUUCUAUGUCUUUUUUAGCACUUAUAUUAAAACAGUGCCGGCCACACCGUACCAUACUCAGUAAGUGAUCAAAGAUGUUUUUAUUCUACCCUGUGAUGUUGGAUAUGAAACUGGAGGUUAUUCUUGAUUGCCUAUGAUUGUUUCAGUAGGCUUAAGGUGAGACCUCCCCAGCUCAUUGAUGAAAGGACACUGGAGUAGUACAUGUUUUAUAGUUAUUCUAAUGUAAAUGUUUUUUUUGUUUUUUUUAAUAUGUAAAUGCUCCAUUUGAACCUAAUAGAAGCAGUUUUGAAGGGGUGAACGAUAUACUUGUUUUUACCCUGCUUUGAAGGGAGCAAUGCAUUCUAUACAGUGGGAGAAGUAGCCUAGCAUGCAUUGGCCCUAUCUGUGAACAAUGUUCCUUUUAACCAAAUUUAUCUCAGAUGGUUGGAUUUGAGGUUCCGGACUGGAUACACCACACACGUUGAAAGAGAGUGACAGUGGCACCUUUUAAUGGUGGAUUAAGAUUCACUAUCCCCAACCAGUCACAAUAGCUGUCUUUGUGCACACACAGGGAUUAGUUUACCCAUUGUGGAUAUCCCAUUCCUGGAGUUGAGGAAAGAAAAGGACCCUUAAAAGAGCGAGCCUCAGUCGGUUGUAGUCAUAAGUUAAUUAGCCACAGAAAUCAAACCCUUCGAAAGGCAUCAUAUUGCCCAGGUUAAAUUGGAGGAGUUUUUACCUGUAUUCACCCUCAAAUGGGGACUAGGAGUUGUGGCAUUGGAAAAAAAGCACUGCUUUCAUAGGAUACAGAAGAAAAUACAUUUUUAUCUCUGAUUCACUAUAUACACAAUGGAGAUUAUUCUUUACUGCCUAUGUCAUAUACUAAUGGACCAUUCUAUGCAUCAGUUUGGGCAUCAUAUUUGACAGUUUAUGCAAUCUACUCUAACAUAAUAUGUCAAAGAGGAAGACAAUAAUCAUUUUUAGGACGAAUUCUGUACUUUACAACGCAACGAAAGCAACUUUUCUCCAACACACAACUCUACAGAAGGAAUAUGUGGUUUCAUAUUUUCUAUUGAAAGGAAAGCACCUUGUAGAACUUGAUGUGAAAAUGUGUGGAAAUUUUGUGAUAGAUUGAAUUCAUUGGAUAGGCUUUGAAAUGGUUAUUGUGUAGUAACGUAUGGGUCUGACUCAUCUUGGCUUGGUGUGUGUGUGUGUGUGGGGGGGGGGUCGUGGGAUGAUGGAUGUAUCUCUAUUACCAGUUCAUUUGUCUCAGCUUCCCUCGCUAGAUCUGUGACCCAAAUGUUACCCUAUCAAGUCCACUACUUUUGACCUAGGCCCAUAGGGCUCUGAUCAAAGGUAGUGCACUAUAUUGGGUAAUAUUUCAGAAGCAGACAUAAACUGUGAGGAGGAGAGCUCUCUGAAUGUGAUUCUAUCCAACCUGAUGUGUUUACUAAGCAGCAGCAUCUUAAUCAAGUUUCUUAUCUUUCUUUCCUUUCUUUUAUGGACUUUCUUUUUAUACAAAUUAGUUUUAUAUAUGACUGCAAUAGAGAUAUAUAGCUAUAUUAUGCAGCGAUUUUAAUAUAUUGUAAAUGAUGGCUUGGAUGCAAUAUAUUUAUUUGUUUGUUAAUGAAGAUUGAAGAAUAAUCUGUAAAGGGAAGUUGAUGUUUUAAGUAUAUUCUUGAGUAUACACUUUAUUGUCUCUUUGGGUUAAGAAAGGCUCCUACGUAUACAUUCAUCAUAUUGUAUUGCAAUGAAACAACACAAUACCUUUUUACAUCACUGAGAAUCCUUGUGUUUACUGUGAUCAUGAAUUGGAUAUCACACACACACGCAAACGCACAGACACACACAAACACAUACACAGGGAACUGCAUCGUUAACCGUUUUAUAACCGAAGUAUUGUUCUAUGCUCUAUUGCUCAAUGCUUCAUUUUGUAUUUUCAAAAGUGUCGCUUCUUUUUCUAGACCAACAAAUCAAAGUAUUUUGCACGUUAAUUUUCAUUUGAUUUUGAGAAGGUGAUAUUCAGGGAUUUAUUUGUAACCCUUAGCCCAUAACUGGCAUGUUGUUCUAGAAUCCACUUCACACAUUCUAUAGAACUCUGUAGAACACUCUCCCACAGAGCACAGAACACUUUCAUGCUGGCAUUCUGUCUUAGAACAACAGUAGAGGGGCACAUUGUUUUGUUUGGAUGGGUUAUGAAUAGAGGUUCACACAAUUCCAAAUUUACAUAAUUUAGAUAAAAUAUCCUUUAGAAGUAAAAACAUAAUUUGUAUGGAGUAAUUCUAUUUGAAUAAUCACAGGAGUGAUGUAUUGAGAAUGUGCUCUUUCUUGUCAUACAAGAAUCAUGUAAAAAGAGGCCUAUUUCUGAUAUUGAGCAGAAAACCGAGGUUAUUUUUAUUUUUAGAAUAACUGUGUUAAAAAUAAGUGAAAAAGAAAAUACAAGCGAUCAACAAAAUUAUUCUAGAACUUAACUGUGACACUCCCUCAGGGGGUGAUAUGAAAUGUACACCUAUAUGUAAAUGAUCAAAUAAACGUAUUUAAUCAAA